GAGCCUGAAUGAUGUGCCACUAUCACCUGAUAAACGGGUGUUUGGACUUUGGUACGGCGCCUGGGGAGUGAACGAUCCAUCGGAAACAAGGAGAUUGUCACCAUGGUUACCAGAUUAUUAUUGCUGACGAUUGUGGUAAGCGCCGUAACCGGACAAGUAAAACAUGGCAAGGACAGCUCUAUCUGCCAGGACCCCGUGGCGCCUGCUGGAGUUGUACCUGUAUCGAAGCCGGCCAUCCCUGAACAGUUCAGCGCCCAUAUAGAAUGUACUAUUAAAAACAAGAACAUGACCAUUGACAUGCACGAAUUUUUCGACAACACGAACAACCGAGGCUACCUCUCUCAGACACAGGACGGGACUCUAUUCGAGGCCUGGUACGACUACAGUAUUAACGAGUUCAUCUCCUACUUCCCAACAUAUUCCCUUUGCACGGCCUCGAAACUGAGUGAUUCUAACCAAAGGUUCCUAUUCGGCUACCAAACCACUUCCGGUACUGCUGGACAUAUCUUCUCGGCCGGACAGGCCCUUCACUUCCAGACCGACGCUAAGGAGGUGUAUAUGGGACGGUCAAUGGUCCGAGGGGUCGCCGUGGACGUGUGGAAAUCUUGCCAGUAUUGGGACACCUUUGACGCUACAAUGACCGUGUAUUGGUAUUUCUCAGCCAGUACAGAAUGGGACACAGCUAUUGGACAGGCUGUACCCAUUGGUGCUCACGUUAAAGGAGCUGUGUGGGACACGCCUACGUCCGCGCCUCGGCCAAUAGAGCACUACUACGAUAUCUUCCACUUCCGGACCGGAAGUGCACCCGACAAUGUUUUCCAGACUCCCCCUGGCGUUUUGUGUACAAACCGUGUGAACACCAUGUCUGUCCCGAAUGUUCCCGAAGCAUUUAGCUUUACUGUGGAAAUUGUGGACAAAACCCUCGGCGCUGUCUCCUAUAUGACGGAAUAUUACGACUCCAUAAACAACUUUGUGAGAUACACAUACAGACCAUCGCCACGAGAGAACAGCCCGUUCGGAACUAACGACUUGAUAGAGGUUCAUGACUUCAAUACAGGGGUUGCCUAUGUGACGGACAAGACACACGGAAAUUGUACCGUGACGAAGAUCAAUCUGACCUUUGAUGGAUCUAAGAGUGGUCCUACCACCCUCCGACUGAGGAGUUCCCGGGAGUUCUUCUACUUCAACGCAAUUAACUUUACAUACGAAGGAGUGAACAAAGUCCGAUAUAUUGACGCGAACACGUGGGUUGGAAAGCGUCCCGACUACCCGCCUGGUAUAGGUAGUACCUCCACCUGGCAGUGGUAUUUUGCUACGAAUGCUUGGUAUGAGAUAAACACUGGGAUGUCCCAAGGUGGAGUUCCCAUACAGAUGAACAUAGACGCACCAAAGGCUGGGAUGAGUUACGAGUACCACAUGUUUAACUUUAAAAAUUCCGUGCCUGAUCUCCUCAAUUAUGACGUCAGUGCAUGUUACGUCAACCGUGACAGGAGGAUGUUCCAAGUGAAAUUCCCAGGACAAUAUACAGGCGUUGUGGAUUCCAACCUGGACCAGUUUAAAUACUUCAUUCUACAGGCAUUAACACAAACAAUGGCAGUGUCUGCUAUCAGGGUCUCCAACAUACAGGUGUUUUUCGACAAAGAUAUCGUGGUCAGUUUUGAAGUCCUAGACGUCGCCCCAAUACAGGGUGACGUUACUAAAUAUAAGACGGAGACGCCUUUAGCCACAGCAGCCAACAGUUUGAUGAAUAAAAUCAACUCUGGACAGUUCUUCAUUGCCAUGCACUUCGACAACAAUCAAGCCUUUACGGGUAUGAUACCUAAAACAAACAGCCUAAUCGAGACAACAUACCUAUGGAACAGCCAAACAGGACAAGCCAUUCCUCAGUCUACGAGUGGAUACGGGGCAGGUGUGAUGGCAGCUGUAGGAGUGGUCGUACCUGUCGUGUCGGCAGCUCUUGGUGGAGUGCUUGCUUUCUUCUUCUUUAAGUAAAAGAUGGACGCUGAGGUUUGAAUCCAUAUUACAAGCUUGGUCAACGGAUAUAUCGUUAUACCGGGGAUGAUAAUGCAAAGUUCCAUCAGAUAUAAGUAACAAUGUGAUAUACUUUUAACAUUCACGAGACUCAUUGUCAUCAUCAAGGAGGAAUACAGUGUAUGGAACAAUCAAAGACACUUUAUAUGAACAGACAUGUUACAGGUAUAAUCAAGUGUUCUAAAAUUUAAUGACUUGGUCAUCAUUUUGUUGAAAACGUCAUUAUUCAUAGGUUGGUAUGUGUGUGUUGAAUGGAUACUAUUUAUAUAACUUAGAGCCUGGUUAACAAAAUAGAGUAUGUGCAAUAUCUCACUAUCUUUUUAACUAUAAAUAAUCCAGUUUUGUGUGUAGAAUAGUUGAUAAAAAGACAUUUGGUUUCAGGUGAGAAAACAAUUUCUUUAAUAAGUUACCUUGAAGUAUUAAUUUGCAUGCAAGAACAUUUGAAGUUCGUUCUUGUAAAACAAACCCUGUACUAUCUUUCUAUUUUGUUUAAUUCCAUAUCGACAUUGACACUUGUGUUCAAUGUGUGGAAAUAUUGGUAUUCAUUUUUCAUUCUAAAACAAAUCAAAUGAAAAUACAAAAGUUUUAAAUGGUAUUGAUACCAAAUUCAUGCGGAUUUAAAAUAUAUGGAAUAAAGUAAAUAACUCAAAUUAAGUAAAUUUUGAUUUUUGUCAAAUAAAAUAUAAACAACUUACAAAGUAUUUUAUUUGUAAGUAUUUUGAAAACGUUAAGUUUCUUUUAAGUUUGAAUAGAUACUGAAAAAAACUGUUUAAAGAGGGUUAUAUUAAGUUUAAUAGUUACAUGUAUACAUUGAUGUAUCAUAUAAAACCUGGUAAGAAAAGAAUUAUUGUUGAAGCGAGUGUGAGCGACAAAGUCAAAAAUAAAAUAUUUUUUAUAACAUG